UGAGAGGGAAUGCACGCGCUCCCGCGCGUGUGCGCGGUUCUUUGUCUGGAAACUUGACUGGAUGGACGGGACGUGACGGGACGUUAGUAGUGUGCUGUAUUGACCAGUAGCAGUUCUACGGGACAGGCACUUUGACAGACGUCUUCCUGGACCGAGUCUUCCAGGAGUGUCUCACCUACGAAGGCGAGAUGCAUUACAAAACCUACCUAGAUUUUGUGUUCGCGCUGGAGAACAGGCGCGAACCGCAGGCCAUGCAGUAUCUCUUCCGCAUACUGGACGUGAGACACCGGGGUUGCCUGGACGUCUUCGCUCUCAACUUCUUCUUUAGGGCCAUACAGAAGCAGAUGAAGCAACAUGGCCAGGACCCGAUCUCUUUCCAUGACGUCAAAGACGAGAUAUUUGACAUGGUGAAACCCAUUGACCCGCUAAGGAUCACCGUACAAGAUCUUGUCGUGAGUGGUCAAGGGGACACAGUGGUCACCAUCCUGAUAGAUCUGAAUGGGUUCUGGAUGUAA